UUGUAAAUCAAAGUUCCAUUUUUCAGUUAAAACAUGGAGGAUCAGAAGAUUAUUGUCGAGGAGAGUGAGGGAGACGAGAUCAUUACUCCUCCCACUCCGGAGCAGAAGGCGGAGAUAGAGAAGCUCGAGGAACAGAAGCUCAAAUCUAAAUUCCCAGGAGUUCCCAGUAGACCUCUGGUAGGUAGUGGUGGCGGUGGAGGAGGACACUCAGCUUUCCUUCAGAAGCGACUGGCAAAGGGGCAAAAGUACUUUGACAGCGGUGAUUACCAGAUGGCAAAGCAGAAAGGUCGUGUGGGCCCAGGACGUAUGGCAAUGCCUGUAUUAGCGCAGCCACCUACUGGUGAAGCGCAUCCAACUCCUGAUACUGUCCCAGCUCGGAAAACUUCAAUUAUCCAGCCCCUUCACGACCAUUCUCACACUCUUCAUCUAUCUUCGGAUCAUCCACACCAACCUCCGGCAGUGGUUCCAGGCCAACCUCUCCCAAACCCUGCCAUUGCAAAACUCUCUACAUAAUCUUCAGAGCUGGGACGGGACAGUACUUCGAAAAAACGAGAUCUUGGUUCGGAGUAUGUAUAUCUAAAUAUAUGCGUGUGCUCCGUAUGAAUGUAUUAUAUUUUGUCUACUGUAUUUUAAUUUGAACAUAUUCGGCUUCUUCACUAACCUUGCAUUUUAUCUAAAUUGGUGAAAUAUCGUUGAAUUCUCGUGCAGGAAUAUAUAGUCCCGAAUAUAAUAUUCUCUUCAUUUAUACAACUAAUUAAAACGGAUUAAAGGACCUUUUUAUUAUCCACCAACUUGAAUGUUGAUUUUCAGA